CGACUAUUUUCCUUUUAGUAGGUCAAUUUCCCGCAGGACUGGGUCGCCCACCAAGGUCGUCCGCCCGCCCGUUCCCUCUCGGAGUCCCUUCUCGGAGUGCAGCGCGUGCACGCCGCACAUGUAUGACACGGCCAGUGGCGCACGGCCCCGGAUGCCAACUAGGUCAGACCCGCGCAAACGGCUGGACUUCCCUAUUACUAGUGACCGCUACGGUGGCGUUAAUCGCCACAGCGGUCAACGCGACGUUGACACCCAGAGCGCCGAACUUCCAGUACUUUGAAAGGCCCAAGUACAGGUAUCCGUACUACGAUGAGAACGGACGCGGUCGCCUUCUGUACGGUUACGGUGGACCGGAAUUGUAUCAAUACAAGUCUUACUCUCCGUUGGAAGGAAUCCACUGAUGUCGUACAUCAACCGCAUCAUAUUACCGUCGCUAAUCAUCACAUCAACCCGUCAACUGUAGGCUAAGCUUCCUCUUCCAUAAGAACAUGACGUUUUUAUUAUUUUUUUUUAUUUCUCGCGGUUUCACUUACCGUUCUGACGUCAAAUUAUUGCUUUUGUGAUUUUUUUUUUUUUUAAAAAUUGUUUUUAUAUAAUAUAAUCGCAACACGCUCUCGCUUAGAUAAUAUAAUUAUUAGUUUUUUUUUUUUUUACAAAAUUAUCAUUUAAAUUAAUAAUAACGACUUUUUUAAAAAAAACAAAACAAAAAAAAAAUUACAUAAGAUUAUUCAUGUAAUGUAUAGAUAUAUAUAUAUAUAUAUAUAAUAAUAAUAAGGAAAAAAUCCUCCGUUGCUGAGGCUCGUUGGUGGUUCGAAUGUUACCAAAAACCAGUGGCAGACACGUUUGCAUUCUUUUACGAAUUUCAAAAGAUUUUAACCGUCUUAACGUCGACGAGUUAAUAUACAUUUAUACAUUCGGUUGUCGCGAAAUUCGUAAACGAAUAGCUCAAUGGAAAAAAUAACGGUCUGCCCCGUGGUUAUAUAAUAUCUUAAGUAGAAUCGUAAAUAAUUUUAAAGUUUAAGCACAAUAUCCUAACCGUUGUACAAUGUAUACAGCUUUUCGGAUGUUUUCGUUUGUGUGUUCACUAUGAUAAUAUCUGUAUAAUAUAUUUUAUGGUAAACAAAUAAUAAUUAGUAAAUACAAUAUGUUAUACUGUAGUACAGUAUUAAAAUAAAUAUUAUAUAAGUUAGCUUAAGAAUUGUGUGUGAACUGUAAUAGCAUAAUAUUAUUGUUGUUAGAGAUAUUGUAAUAAUAUGUACUUAGGCAAAAAAAAAAAAUGAAACAAGUAUAAUAUGAUUGUCGUGUCAUGUCCUAUUUUAUAAAUGUUUAAC